CCAUCGCCAUGGGCAGCCGGUUUGUGAAUCUGUUGGCCAUGAGCUGCAACGGCGGCCCCAGACACUUCAGCCUUCACUGCUUGAACCCGGCAAACUUAUUUCGCCCAGCCCGGUCGCGGCCAGCGGUUCGAGCAGUUCAUCGACGGCCAGCGGACGCCCCGCUGCCUCCGCCGUCCCUGUCAUUCGACUGGCCCUGCAGGAAGGGCGAACAGGCGUGGAUGAAUUUCAUGGCUUUCGGCCCCGGCCGGGAAAACCUCCUCGCCGUGGACCAAAUCGGCAGGAGCUUCUUGUACAACCACGACUCGCGCUUCCUCCGCACUAGGAUGCCCAAGAUGCGCACGCCCAUUAUCGACCCCAUCUCCGUUGCCGUGGGCGACAGCCUAUACGUCAUGAGCGGCAACCCUGGCCGGCUGCCCGAUCGGGACUGCUUCCAGGCUCUCCUCCACACCCGCCUGCCUGCUAGCUACGCCCAAGACUGGUGCUGGUAUUCCCUCCAGCCACCGCCUUUCUUUGCCGACGACGAUGACGGGGUGGAUCGAUCCAGCUGCCACGAUGGCCCAAUGCCCUUUGAAAUCAGUGCCUACGACGUGGUUGACGAUUCACAGAUCUGGGUAUCCACAUCUGGCGCCGGCACAUACUCGUAUGACAUCGCAAGUGGCGCGUGGAGCAAACUAGGCAACUGGGCACUGCCGUUCAGAGGUCACGCCGAGUACAUCACUGAGCACAACCUCUGGUUUGGCUUCACACCCGACGAUUUGCAGCUCUGCACAUCGGACCUCACUGCCUCGUGUGAGUUGAGGCCGCCCGUGCUGCAGGAUGUGUGGACAGACGUGAACAGGCCAGAAGAUUGGACCCUGACAGACGCCAGCAUUGUGCCGCUCGGCUCCGGUCAAGUCUGCAUUGCCAGGUUCUUUCUUACCUGCCCAGAGGAGAGCAUUGAGGAUGUGUAUGGCUAUGCCCUUGAGAAAACAGAGAAUUUUGUUGUUCUCGAGGGCGUCAAAUUGUUAAAGGCUGGGUGGGCUCUGCUCCGGAUGGUUAAGCACAAGUCGGAGCGUUACGUCUUCGGCCGUGACCUUGUCAUACCGCCUUGA